CCUCAUCUCUUCUUUUGCUAUUCAAGAUAACCGUACAAACUCUCAAAACUCAUAGCUAAGUCCACUUUAUGAUGGCGAAGUGCAUUGGUGUAGGAGAUGCCAAUCCUGAUAUCGCAGGAAUUGGGAUUCUUCUCUCUUUCUGCAUCCAAGCAGCCUUUACCUUUGUCAUCUCAAUAGUCGCAUUCGCAUUCGACUUGAACUAUAUAAAGCUCAGAAGGCUUCGAGCACGACAGGCAAUGGACAAUGGAGGGGUAGCACUCCUAGAAAUGCCGAAGAUAUGGCAUCGUGAUGUUCAUACUUGGUAUCAACUUCAGGAGACUACGAAGGCGCUGCUUGAAAAGAAUAGUGAUAUACAAACUGCGACUGGGCUCGCGCUGUUGGUCAGUGCUUUGGCCCAAGUGAAAACUCUAUCAUUCUACCAUAUGCACCUGGUCUACGACACAGUAUCAUUGGUAGCAAUCUCGAACUGUGCAGCUCUUGUGUCUUCCCUGGACUCAAGUGUUGCAGGGACCAUCCGCUACCUUUCAAUCGCUUUGUGGGCUAUCCUCUACUUGACUUACACAUCCCUAUUUGGGGUUCGUUUACAAUCUUGGGAUUACAACAAUCCAGGCCAUUGCUAUAACACACAUCGUCUUUCUACCCCCAAUGCCAAGCAUCCCCUUGUCGAUGACAUAUACAUCAGCUUCACAUGUCUCUAUGUGUUUUAUACACUUAUCAUCGCCGCUUUCAAAUUGUCCCCUUUCUGGGUUUACAACUUUUCCUUUCAAUUGCUCGCUUCUUCAAUUGGACAAGAUUUGCCGAAAGAAUCGCGGAGAAAAAGGUCACCCAAGAAAUUAUCUAAGAGCAAGAGAUCGCUGAAAGACCUGCAAGAUAACAAUUUUCUUCAGUAUUCAGUCAUCUCUGUUGCGUUCCUCCAAUUCCCGCUGCACGCCUACUCAACCUUCACUUUGAGGAGAUCAAAUGAAAGUCUGUUGAAUAGUAGCAACGUUGAGCAAGCAUGGGGCUUCAGUCAAGUUGGUGCUAUGGUGCUUUUAGCUCCCAAUUUGAUUGGAAUUAUUAUUGCCGUACAUAAAUAUCUCAGAUGGGAAUCGCGCGAGCACGGGAAUAUCGAUAAUCUCUCUGCGGCAGAUAUGAAGAAACGCGAAGAAGACGCGACACAACUCGAAGAAGAUAUAGGGGAGCUUCGACUUGAACAGGAACAUAAAGAAGGACUUCGUCGUGUGCAGGAACGAUGGGAGAGUCGAUUUUUCAACCGCCGUGUCUUACAGGACGUGGAGUUGGAACCAGAAGGGGAGCAGGCUCAAACGAAGAGAGUGGAGCAACAAGGUAAAUCAGGAGGCGUUUAACUGCAAGCAGGAAAAGCUUAAAGGUUUGGAGGUGGGAGAGGACGAGAGUCCAAGCGCGUCUGCUGGUUGGUGGUCAGGAUGUCGAAGGCAGGAGGAAUAUCAUGAGCGCAUCACCAUCAGUUUUCUCAAGUACUAAACUUCUCAUUUUGCUACGCUAUAUCUUGUGCGUUAUUGUUUACUUAGCCCGUCAUCUAUAUAUCUCCU